UGAGAAGAAAACAUAAAAGCGCCGUAUUAGAUAAGAGUAUUGGACUUGAAAGUUUUGAAGAGCGAGAGAUAGUUGCUGCACACAAUCACAAAUCUCGUGCGUUAAACGUUACGAAUGCUUUUGCUGAAGCCAUUGUUAAGGAAAUGGAAAUGCAAGGAGGGGAAAUGGAGAAAGAUUUCGUGUUGCAAUGGGGAAACAGAAAGAGGCUAAGAUGUUUCAACAAACUCAAAAAACAGCAUCAGCGCCACUUUAUCAAAACCAGCAGCGGCGUCGGUGCUGGCGGUGGAGGCGGCAGCAGCUUGACAACGCCACAGUCCUCUCCUUUGGCCAACAAGAAAAUGGGCUCCUCGCCUGUUGUCAAUCGUCACAAAAUGAAUUCGGAUUUGGGAACGAAUAAGCCAAGAUCGGCAUUGACAUCACCGGAGAAGGAAGAUAGGUACUAUGCAACAAGGGGAUCGGGUUCCUUGAUGUUGGAUGAUAAUAACAAUAACACAAAGGGUUUGAUGGAUCAACAAGUUAAGGAAGAUAAGAAGAUUGUGUGGCCAAGAUUGUUCACCACAUUAUCUAACAAAGAAAAAGAGCAAGAUUUCAUGGCUAUGAAGGGAUGUAAGCUUCCUCAAAGGCCUAAGAAAAGAGCUAAGUUGAUCCAAAGAAGCAUUCUCUUGGUGAGUCCAGGGACAUGGCUAUCAGACCUCUGCCAAGAGAGGUAUCAAGUGAGGGAGAAGAAGACUUCAAAGAAGAAACCAAGAGGAUUGAAGGCCAUGGGAGGUAUGGAAAGUGAUUCUGAAAGAGAUUGACUGAUAAAUUUACAGAAGAAUGAAUGAAUCAAACUCUGUUGCUUUUUGGGCAUGAAGAGAGAUUAUAGCUUUUAUUUUUCAUCUUUUUUUGUAAUAUUUUUCUUUCUUUUCUUAUAUGGUGCCAUUGUAGAAAAGAGAAAAGGGGAGAAAUAGGGUUUGUUGUUUGUACUUGUUCUUUGUAGGUGGCAAAAAUUAUGAUCAAAUUUGGAACUAAUUAAUUACUCCAUUGCAGUUUUUAUAC